AUGCACCCUCCCCACCAUCUCUCUCCCCUGCUCCCACCUCCCCCCCGCCCACAAAACCAACACAGCAUCAACCAGGGCGUGGAGCGGAACGCAUGCACCCUCCCCACCAUCUCUCUCCCCUGCUCCCACCUCCCCCCCGCCCACAAAACCAACACAGCAUCAACCAGGGCAUGGAGCGGAACACAUGCACCCUCCCCACCAUCUCUCUCCCCCCCUUGGCAGCUUGGUUUGUUGGCGGUAAAGAUUAUUUUGCAAAACAAUUCAGCAACAAUCAGAAUCAGAACAAAGGCGAAUAGAUUAUCUAGUUACGUCACGGGAGCUGGCAUCCCGCAGAGCCCCGAGAAGAGACUUCAACCCCGCAGCGGGCAGAGCCCCGAGAAGCGACUUCAACCCCGCAGCGGGCAGAGCCCCGAGAAGCGACUUCAACCCCGCAGCGGGCAGAGCCCCGAGAAGCGACUUCAACCCCGCAGCGGGCAGAGCCCCGAGAAGCGACUUCAACCCCGCAGCGGGCAGAGCCCCGAGAAGCGACUUCAACCCCGCAGCGGGCAGAGCCCCGAGAAGCGACUUCAACCCCGCAGCGGGCAGAGCCCCGAGAAGCGACUUCAACCCCGCAGCGGGCAGAGCCCCGAGAAGCGACUUCAACCCCGCAGCGGGCAGAGCCCCGAGAAGCGACUUCAACCCCGCAGCGGGCAGAGCCCCGAGAAGCGACUUCAACCCCGCAGCGGGCAGAGCCCCGAGAAGCGACUUCAACCCCGCAGCGGGCAGAGCCCCGAGAAGCGACUUCAACCCCGCAGCGGGCAGAGCCCCGAGAAGCGACUUCAACCCCGCAGCGGGCAGAGCCCCGAGAAGCGACUUCAACCCCGCAGCGGGCAGAGCCCCGAGAAGCGACUUCAACCCCGCAGCGGGCAGAGCCCCGAGAAGCGACUUCAACCCCGCAGCGGGCAGAGCCCCGAGAAGCGACUUCAACCCCGCAGCGGGCAGAGCCCCGAGAAGCGAUGUCACGGUGUCUUUUAUUCACAGGAAAGGCGGUCGAGAAACUGCAGCCCGCUGACCGCCAUGUCGGCUCAAGCCGCGCUAUGGAGCACGGCGGGCGCGGCUCCGCCUCAGAGCCGGCAUGGGGCCGGUUUCACACCCUCUACAUUGCGGUCAGUAAAAUCUGGCCGGAGCACCCCCAUCCCCACGCUUUACGCGUAAGAUAAAAAACAGCGUCUUGUAUAUAAAACU